AUGGCCGCGGCCACAGUGACAGCUGCAAGACGAGGCUUCUGCCGAGCCCCUCCGCUGCUCCUCCGGCGCGGAUACCAGACGGAGAAGGGAGUCUAUGGCUACCGGCCGAGGAAGCCCGAGAGCCAGGAGCCCCGGGGCGGCCUGGCGCGCCCUCCAGUUGAUCAUGGCCUUGCCAGAUUGGUGACAGUAUACUGUGAACAUGGUCAUAAAGCUGCCAAAAUCAACCCCCUCUUCAGUGGACAAGCCUUGCAGGAGGAUGUGCCUGAAAUCCAAGCUCUUCUGUCGACCGUGCAAGGACCCUUUAAUACCUCAGGAUUGUUAAACAUGGGGAAGGAGGAGGCCUCUCUUGAGGAAGUCUUAGCCUAUCUUAACCAAAUCUACUGUGGGCAAAUUUCUAUUGAAACCUCCCAACUUCAGAGCCAGGAGGAGAAAGACUGGUUUGCCAAGAGAUUUGAAGAACUGAAAAAAGAGACCUUUACCACAGAAGAGCGAAAACAUUUGUCAAAACUAAUGCUGGAAUCUCAGGAGUUUGACCACUUUUUGGCCACCAAGUUUGCCACGGUGAAGCGGUAUGGGGGCGAAGGAGCUGAAAGCAUGAUGGGCUUUUUCCAUGAGUUGCUGAAAAUGUCUGCCUACAGCGGGAUAACGGAUGUUAUUAUUGGCAUGCCCCACAGAGGGAGACUUAAUUUAUUGACAGGCCUUCUGCAGUUCCCUCCAGAGCUGAUGUUCCGUAAAAUGAGAGGCCUAAGUGAAUUCCCGGAAAAUGUUUCAGCCACGGGAGAUGUCCUAUCUCACUUGACCUCCUCGGUUGACCUGGACUUUGGCGCACACCAUCCCCUCCACGUGACCAUGCUGCCUAACCCCUCACACCUGGAAGCCGUCAACCCUGUGGCUGUCGGGAAGACUCGUGGCAGGCAGCAGUCUAGACAGGAUGGAGACUAUUCUCCAGACAGUUCGGCUCAGCCUGGGGACAAAGUCAUUUGCUUACAGGUUCACGGUGAUGCUUCUUUCUGUGGUCAGGGGAUUGUCCCCGAAACAUUUACGCUGUCUAAUCUCCCACAUUUCAGAAUUGGUGGGAGUGUCCAUCUGAUUGUCAAUAACCAGCUGGGUUAUACCACUCCUGCAGAAAGAGGAAGGUCUUCCUUAUACUGCAGUGAUAUCGGGAAGCUUGUGGGCUGCGCCAUCAUCCAUGUCAAUGGAGAUAGCCCAGAGGAAGUGGUCCGUGCCACACAACUGGCUUUUGAAUACCAGCGCCAGUUCCGGAAGGAUGUGAUUGUUGAUUUGUUAUGCUAUAGGCAGUGGGGCCACAACGAGCUGGACGAGCCCUUCUUCACCAACCCAGUCAUGUAUAAAAUCAUCAGAGCCCGAAAGAGCAUCCCAGACACCUAUGCAGAGCACCUGAUUGCCAAUGGACUCAUGACCCCAGAAGAGGUGUCAGAAAUCAAAGCCUCCUACUAUGCAAAGUUAAAUGAUCAUUUAACUCACAUAGACCACUACAACCCCCCGGCCACCAACCUGCAGGCGCACUGGCAGGGCCUGGUCCAGCCACAAGCUUGCAUCACCACGUGGAACACGGGUGUGCCCCUCGAUCUCCUGCGGUUUAUUGGCAGGAAGUCUGUGGAGGUGCCAGAGGAACUCCAGAUGCACAGUCACCUUUUGAAGAUGUACGUUCAGUCCAGACUGGAGAAAGUGAUGGAUGGAACAAAGGUAGACUGGGCCACAGCAGAAGCUCUUGCCUUGGGCUCAUUACUUGCUCAGGGUUUUAAUGUCCGUCUGAGUGGGCAGGAUGUUGGCCGUGGAACUUUUAGUCAGAGGCAUGCGAUGGUGGUUUGCCAGAAGACCGAUGACACCUUUAUUCCCCUGAACCAUAUGGACCCUAAUCAGAAGGGGUUUCUAGAGGUCAGCAACAGCCCAUUGUCAGAAGAGGCUGUCCUGGGAUUUGAAUAUGGGAUGAGCAUUGAAAGUCCCAAGUUACUGCCUCUCUGGGAGGCUCAGUUUGGUGAUUUCUUCAAUGGUGCUCAGAUCAUUUUUGACACGUUCAUCUCUGGAGGAGAGGCCAAGUGGCUGCUACAGAGCGGCAUUGUUAUUCUCCUUCCCCACGGGUAUGAUGGGGCUGGACCCGACCACUCCUCUUGCCGCAUCGAGCGUUUCUUGCAGAUGUGUGACAGCAGAGAAGAAGGAGUAGAUGGAGACACAGUAAACAUGUUUGUGGUGAACCCAACUACCCCCUCACAAUAUUUCCACUUGCUCAGGAGACAGAUGGUCCGGAACUUCCGAAAACCCCUCAUUGUUGCUUCUCCAAAGAUGUUACUCAGGUUUCCUGCAGCUGUGUCAACACUUCAAGAAAUGGCACCAGGAACAACAUUCAAGCCGGUCAUUGGUGAUUCAUCUGUGGAUCCCAAAAACGUCAAGAGUCUGGUAUUCUGCUGUGGCAAACAUUUCUAUGCCCUGCAGAAGCAAAGAGAAUCCUUGGAGGCCAAGAAGCAUGCCUUUGCCAUCAUCCGAUUAGAGGAACUCUGCCCUUUCCCACUGGAUUCAUUACAGCAAGAGAUGAGCAAAUACAAACAUGUGAAAGAUUUUAUUUGGAGUCAGGAGGAGCCUCAGAACAUGGGCUCAUGGUGCUUUGUUUCUCCAAGGUUUGAAAAGCAACUGGCCUGCAAGCUUCGUCUUGUGAGCCGACCCCCUUUGCCAGCACCUGCUGUAGGAAUUGGCACCCUUCAUCUGCAGCAGCAUGAAGAUGUCCUCACCAAGACCUUUGCUUGAUGGUGUCCUUUGAACCAAAAUUACUUCAUUUUAAGAAACAACCAUGCAAAGAAAAGCCAGCUCCUCUACACCCUUCUUCCAUUAGGUGACAUGAAAAGUCUCUUCCUCUAAGACGUUGGGAUUGAUGAGGACAAUUUAAUCGGAACCUAUGAACUAGCCAAGGGAAUUAUCCAUCAACCCAAGAAUCUGACAAGUCACCUUUAUCCUUAAAGGUACAACAACAGUUAGAUCUGAGUGAGUUGUAGAGUUAAUGCAUUAUCCAGAUUUUUUCAGACCACUUUUUCUCAUUAACUAUAUAUGCCCAGGAAAAAUUCUUUAGCUUGAAUUUACAGAAUUUACAUGCAGGUCACUUUGACGUCACUUCUCCAUUUGCUUGAUGCAUGCCACUUUCAUCAAUUUUGCCAUUCUUUAUUCAAAGUCCUGUGACUGCCAAUAUUUUCAUUUUAUAGGAUCUCUGGUGCUGCUUUGCAUCCACUGCGAAAAAUGUUUCACCAAACACCAUAGCAAAGCUGUACUAGUCCUGAUGUGUAUUCUUCUUCAAGAAGGUUCUAUCUUCUUCAAGAUAGCUGUUUUUACCCUUGUCCUUAAGUAUCAGUCCCAUUAAUUAUGACUCUUCAAUUUCACAAUGAAAUUGAUUUGUGGUCUACUUUGUCAUAGUAUCACUUCCCCCCCCUAAAUUGUUUGCAGUGAUAUCUUAAUAUUUUUAAUUGACUUUCGGUAUCUGAUAUGGGGAAUUUCAGCUCCUGUUAGUUUUGCCUCUAAAAGGUGUGAUGAAAUGAUGUUCAUUUGUGGUUUUUAAGGAACAUUUUAAUUUCAACAUUGGAGACUUCCCAGCACCAGGUACUUGGAGAUUUAUGGAGAUCACUAACCCACUGCAUUAAUUCUGAAACUUUGGAAGCACAAUGAAACAGCAGCAAACUGUGUAGCUUUACAUGACUUGGUGCUGCAGUGACUGUGCCAUCUACCAUUCGGGUGCCAUGACGUUUUUUCUCAGAAAUGAUGGAGGAAGCCCUGGGGCACUGGAAGGGCCUCUCCACUUUUCCUGGCAACUGGUAAUGUCUUUCAGAGUCAAUGUGUAGGUCAUUCUGGCCACAGGAGGAGGUUCAUGAUUCACAUCUUAAAUGUAUGCAUUAGUGUAUUGAUUUAAUAUUUCUGUAAUAUUCACAGCCCUCUUAUUCCAAUGCACCUUUAAUGCUUCCUUCUUAAGUCAAGCUUUAUAAAUCAUGUAACUUAGUACCAUGCAUGUAAAUCCAUAUAAUUACAAAGGUCUAUUUAAUGCAAAUGGUUAUUGGUGUUGUAUACUGAACUUAGAAAAACAGGAAAGCCCUGCCAUUUUUUUUCAGAUGUCUUGGUUUCUUGAGUUAAAAAUUUCAAAGUCUAAGCAUAAAAUGAGAUGGAAAAGUAAUUUGUUUUUCAAGUUUAAAUUUCUCCAAAUUUCUCUGGUAUCUUAUUAUAUCUUCUCCACCAGGAGCCAUGAAAUGUAUCUUAUUAAAAAAAAAGUGUCAUCUGUAUCUUAACCAUCUUACUCUCAAUCACUAUUGCAACAUGGGCCAACAUUUUGAAUUACCUUGUAGGAAGGAACUAUUCGAAGAAUUCUGAAUCAAAUAUUCCCAUAAUAGAGUAUGGGAUAAAAGUAUCAUAGCAAAGUAAAAUAAAAAUAUUUUACCAUAUUCCUCUGGGAAAUUUGAUAAUGUGAUAUUUGUAUCCUGUUCAUAUCUAUUUAUGCUAAUUUUAUAUUCAAUGAAGAAUAGAGUUCGAAUCGGUUAUUCAGUGAAGAGAAAUAUUAACAAAAAAAUGAAAAAAAUGUUGAUUUUGUCUAAAGUGACAUAUUCUUAAUAAAAUAAAAUUAUCUUCCUUAA